GCUAAAUAGAUCGAAAUGGCUUUCACUAAAUCAGCUUUGUUAUUCAUCUGCACCGUAUUUUUGGCCUCUCAGGUCCAAUCUUCGUACAUUAGUUACAAUGUCAAUGAUGAUGAUCUCUCAACGAUAGUACAAAAAAUUGUAGCACUCGCAGAAAAAGUUGUUGAUAAAGUCCUCAGUGUUGUAGCUUCUUUAAUCUCUGGUGCCAACACCGAUUUCAGCGGUACUCAAUCAAAAGUUCUCGAUGUUAUUGGGGAAGUCUUAAAAAAAGGAAUUGAUGCAUUCAACAAUGUUCUCGGGGAUUUGUCGAAAGACAGCGGCGCUGACGGACAGAAACUGAUUAAAUGCUUGGUCAGUGAGGAAUCUGACAGUGUAGCCGUUGUUCAGAAUUUAGUUAAAUCGAUCACCAACUGCGCUCAGAAGGACUUGGUAGCUUUGCUUAACAAAGUAGACCCAUUAGCCAAGGAUCUUACCUCCAUCGGGGCCAAGGCCAAAACUGAGCUAGCCAGAUUAGACAAAUGCAAGGGAAGCGACACGCAAGCCCUUCUUUGCAUAAUUGAUGCUGUGACUAAAACAUUCGAUGCCAUCAAAGACGACCUUCCGACGAUCCAGAAAGAUAUCGAGCCCAUCAAGGACGACUUACCCGCAUUCAAAGACGCUGUCGUCUCCUGCUGGACCAAUUCUGUAAAAAAAGAAGUUUUGUCCGAUGCUGCUAAAGUGUUGGCCGCUAAUAUAACAGACAAAGACUUAAAUGCCUACUUACAGAAUUUAAAACAGAAAUUAGUAGAUGGUCAAAACGAAAAAGCGGUUCAGGAAAUUCUCGAAUUUGGACUCAAGCAAGCUCAUAAUGGAACUUUAGCUCCAUCCAAACAAGAAAUAAUCCAAAGUUGUAUCGAUUCGGAAAAAUUAGUCCAACGAUUUUCAAACGCCACAAAUGAUAAAAUUAAAAAAUGCGCCACGGUCGUAUUGGCUCAAUAUACAAACGUCGUUACCAACAGUUACAACGACGUGCAAGUUUUCAUGAUGUUUCCCUCCGUGAUUUGGAGGAACAUACAGAAAUGCGGAUUGGAUGCCACCUGCAAAUCGUUGAUAGUGGAUGACGUUAUCAAAGAAACGUACAACAUUCCACCGAGAGUAUUCAAUUUAGCUGCAAAAAUUCAAAGCCUAGUCGUGAGAACCAUCACCGCUGUGGACAAUUGUGCAAUAGACGCUUUGAAGGAUUUAUCUAACACCGGUACUAAAUUGGUCGCUGGGGUUUAUGAAUGCAUCAUCGAUAGAACAAUCCAAAAUCAUUGCACGGUUACAAACUGAAUUUCAUUAGUGGUAGAAAUGCAUAUUUGUACAAAACAAUUAAAUAUGCAUUUACAAUAAAUAUUUUCUUAUUUUACUUCAAUUUAAUGUAUUCGCACGCUUUACUCGAUGGGCCGCAAGGCACUUGAAUAAAUGAAAUUAAACUUAUAAUAAAACCCUUAUCUACGUCACAUACUAUUCAGCUACACUUUGAUACUAUUGCGAUAUAAUUUUAGUGAAAAAAAAUUGAAUGGA